AUGCUUUUGAUCUACCUUCUAACGACGCUACUUCCACUCCUCUCUUUCGCGCAGUCUAUCAAGAAUCUAGGAAGUUCUGGUGGCAAUGGUCCAUCCGGUGGAAUUGGAGAUGUGAACAAUCCAGUCUUGAAGGCGCAGUCAUUCGUUACUGACGCCUUCAUCCCCCUCAAACAAAACACCACCCGCCAACUCGCGCACGGCAAACCCCCCGUGCUCGAAGAUGGCACAAACACAACGCAGGCGUGUCCUCCACCCCGGACGAUCUUGAUCGACGAUUUGCCCGGCAAGAGGCAGGAAAUGGUAGGCUUCGGCUACUCCUGGACGGACUCCUCCGUCGAAGUCCUGAAUCGCCUCACGCCUGAAUUACAAGACCAAGUUUUGAAAGAGCUGUUCAGCCCCGAGGGGAACAACAUGGGCAUGAUGCGCCACACGAUCGGCUCCUCAGAUAUGAGCGGACGACAGUAUUCCUUCGACGACAACGGCCCGGGGUUCAACGAAGGACAACCGGAUCUCUCCCUCUCAAACUUCGAUCUCGGCGAAGACGGCACAGCGAUGCUCGAGAUGCUCGCCCGAAUGGGCUCGUACAAAUCCGACGUCUUCCGGAUAGGAUCCCCGUGGUCGUAUCCCGGCUGGAUGAAACACAACGGGCUCUUCAUCGCGCCGAACCUGGACGCGGGCACGUCCUACAAUGUGCUGAAUAAUUCCUUCGAUCGGCAGUAUAUCCCGCAGGCGAUUGAGUAUUUCACGAAAUAUCUCGAUGCUUAUGCGAGCCGUGGCGUGCGGGUGAAUGGGUUGACGCUGAUGAAUGAGCCGUUGAAUUAUAAGGGUGGAUAUCCGUGUAUGUACCUCGACAGCGCUGACGGCGCGGAUAUCCUCAAUCACGGUCUUGGAACUGUUUUGAAGGACCGUGAUAUCGCUCUUCUCGCCUAUGACCAUAACACCGACCAGCCCAUGUACCCCUCGCAAAUGCUGCAGCGCGCUGAGGGGUACGUCGAUGCCGCGGCGUGGCAUUGCUAUGCCUAUCUCGCGAAUUACUCCGUGAUGGAUGAUUUCAACUAUGCGUAUCCGGAGACGCCGCAAUUCAUGACCGAAUGCUCGAAUUACCUGCCGCAGACAGCGGCGUUGAAUUGGCAGGUCGUGAAUGCUUUUGUGCCCGCCGUGCAGCAUGGGGCGGCGGGGGCGAGCAUGUGGGUUUUGGCGACGGAUCCGGAUUUUGGGCCUCAUUCGCCGUAUGGUGGUUGUGCUGGUUGUCAAGGGGCUAUCAUCGUCAACUCGUCCACCUCAUACCUCAAGACCAACGACUACUACGUCGUCGGCCAGUUCAGCCGCUUCAUCCGCCGGGGAGCUUUCAAUUACCGUGUGCUCAAAGGUAAUGAAGGCAACCACCUCAAGCCGAAUCAGUUCAACCUCAUCGCCGCUCAGAACCCAGAUAGAUCUUGGGCGAUCGUGUUCGUGAACAACCUGAACCGCACCGAGAAUGUGAGGCUCGAGUUUACGGGAAGUGCCAACGUCUGGGAAGGGGUCGUGCCCAACUCGACGGUCACGACGUGGUUGAUUCCGGCAGAUGAGGUUUUGAGGAAGAACGAGACCGGGCCGUCGACGUCGACGCCGCCGUUUGCAUUGUACAACGCAACGAGCACGGCUGCAGGUCCUACCGGCGCGGGUGGCGGCAAGGGGAACGGGAGCUGUGUGCUUCCGCCUGUCACGUUGUCGACGACCUCUUCGGCGACCAGUUCGACGACGCCGUUGAUUCCAGUGCCGCAUACGAUCAAUGUGAUCGAACAGAAUGUGCUAUGA